CUCCAUUUCACUGUCCUGUUCAAAUUUUUAGUGUGAGCAAAUCUCUCUCUCUCUCUCUCUGGUAAUCUCCACUUUCUGUCGAUCUCUCUCUCCAUUUACUUGCAAUUACAUACAUUUUUCAUGUAAUUUCUUCACAAUCAAGUCUGUAGCUGUAAUUUGAUUUGAAUACACCUUCAAUAUUUCACUAAAACCCCUAAACCUAAAAUCGAAAACACGCAGCGAGGGUGAGAUAGAGAUGGAGUGGAACCCUGAGACCCUACAAUUGCUCUCACAAUGUUUCCUCAACACCCUCUCCCCACUCCCUGAGCCCCGCCGCCGUGCGGAGGCGGCACUGACAGAGGCCGCUGAAAAGCCUAAUUACGGCCUUGCCGUGCUACGCCUUGUUGCUGAACCCUCCAUCGACGAGCAGAUCCGUCAGUCUGCUGCAGUCAACUUCAAGAACACCCUCAAGGUCCACUGGGAGCUGCAGACCAACGAUUCGUCCCUGGCUCAAACACACACUAUACCUGCCCCGGAAAAGGAGCAAAUCAAAUCGUUAAUUGUGACUCUAAUGGUGAAUUCGUCUCCCAAAAUCCAAGCACAGCUCAGUGAAGCCCUGACCAUAAUUGGGAAACAUGAUUUCCCCAAAGCAUGGCCCACGUUAUUACCGGAGCUUGUCCGGACUCUUGAUGGGUUAAGCCAGGCCAAUGAUUAUGUUUCUGUAAGUGGGGUUUUGACCACCAUUAAUUCAUUGUUUAAGAAAUUCAGGUACCAGUUUAAGACCAAUGAGUUAUUGCUUGAUUUGAAGUACUGUCUUGAUAACUUAGCGAAACCGUUGUUAGAAGUAUUUAAACGUACUGCAAGUUUGCUGGAUCAGGUAAAUUCUUCUGGUACCGCAAAUGCAAUUUCCCUCAAGCCAUACAUAGAGUCCCAGCGGUUAUGUUGCAGGAUUUUUUAUUCGCUGAAUUUUAUGGAGUUGCCUGAGUUUUUUGAGGACCAUAUGGAAGAGUGGAUGAUUGAGUUCAAGAAAUAUUUGACUGUAAAGUACCCUGCUCUCGAGGAUAGUGGAAAUGAAGGGCUUGCGUUGGUUGAUGAGUUACGAGCUGCUGUGUGUGAGAAUAUUAGUCUCUAUAUGGAGAAAGAGGAGGAUUUGUUUCAAAAAUAUUUGAGUGGUUUUGUGGAGGCAGUGUGGGGGCUUUUGGUGGUUGCAUCUGCUUCUUCUAGUCGUGAACGGCUAACUAUAACAGCCAUUAAGUUUUUGACCAUUGUUAGUGCUAGCGUUCACCAUACUUUGUUUGCAAGGGAUGACAUUUUGCAGCAGAUCAGUCAGAGUAUCGUGAUUCCGAAUGUGAUGCUAAGGGAUGAGGACGAGGAGUUGUUCGAAAUGAAUUAUGUAGAGUUCAUAAGAAGGGAUAUGGAAGGGAGCGACCUUGACACGAGAAGGAGAAUUGCUUGUGAACUCCUUAAGGGGAUUGCCAUGAAUUACAAGAAGAAAGUAACAGAGAAGGUAGCAGCUCAGAUACAGUUGCUUUUGGCUUCAUUUUCUGAGAACCCAGCUGCAAAUUGGAAACACAAGGACUGUGCUAUCUAUUUGGUUGUCUCCCUUGCCACAAAGAAGGCAGGAGGAAAUUCUGUUUCCACUGAUCUUGUUAAUGUUGAGAGCUUUUUUGGGUCUGUUAUUGUGCCAGAGCUGCAAAGUCAGGAUGUGGAUGGGUUUCCAAUGUUGAAGGCUGGUGCGUUGAAGUUCUUCACCAUGUUUAGGAAUCAGAUCUCCAAACCUAUUGCAAUUGCUUUGCUACCUGACGUUGUUCGCUUCCUUGGCUCAGAGUCAAAUGUGGUUCAUUCUUAUGCUUCCAGCUGCAUUGAGAAACUUUUGCAGGUCAAAGAUGGAAGCGGAAGGGCGAGAUACUCAGCAACAGAUAUUAGUCCAUUUUUGCUUGUCUUGAUGACAAACCUUUUUAAUGCUUUACAGAAGCCAGAAUCUGAAGAGAAUCCGUAUGUGAUGAAGUGUAUAAUGAGAGUUCUUGGGGUUGCUAAUGUUUCACAUGAUGUUGCUUUGCCUUGUAUCAACAGCCUGACAACUGUUCUGAAUAGAGUAUGUGAAAACCCAAAGAAUCCUAUUUUUAACCACUAUCUGUUUGAAUCAGUGGCACUUCUCGUCAGAAGGGCUUGUGAGCAGGAUCCAUCUCUCAUAUCAGCAUUUGAAACAAGUCUUCUCCCCAGCCUGCAGAUGAUCUUAUCCAGAGAUGUGACAGAAUUCUUCCCUUAUGCAUUCCAGCUGCUAGCUCAGCUUGUUGACUUGAAUCGGCCUCCUUUACCCGGGAAUUAUAUGGAGAUCUUUGCUAUACUCCUUUUACCUGAAUCAUGGAAAAAGUCUGCAAAUGUCCCUGCUCUUGUGCGUUUGCUCCAGGCUUUCCUUAGAAAGGCACCACAUGAGCUGAACCAGCAAGGGAGAUUGUCUAGUGUCCUUGGGAUAUUCAACACAUUAGUUUCAUCUCCUAGUUCUGAUGAACAAGGAUUUUAUGUGCUAAACACUGUGAUUGACAACCUUGGUCAUGAUGUCAUCUCACCCUACAUUAGCCACAUUUGGGUUGCUCUAUUUAAUCGGCUCCAACAUAACAGAACAGUGAAGUAUGUCAAAUCUCUUGUGAUAUAUAUGUCACUUUUUCUGGUCAGGCAUGGUUCUCAAAACCUCGUAGGCUCGAUGAAUGCUGUGCAGCCUGAUGUUUUUCGUGCAAUUUUAGAGCAAUUUUGGAUACCUAAUCUCAAGCUGAUCACGGGUUCACUUGAGCUUAAAUUAACUUCAGUUGCUUCUACCAGACUUAUAUGUGAGUCUCUGACGCCAUCAGAUUCCAAGCUUUGGGGGAAAAUGCUGGACAGCAUUGUUACUCUUCUGUCACGCCCAGAGCAGGAAAGAGUGGAAGAGGAGCCUGAUGUACCGGAUUUUGGUGAGACUGUGGGUUACAAUACCACUUUUGUUAACCUGUACAACACUGGGAGGAGAGAAGAGGAUCCUCUGCCAGAUAUCAAUGAUCCAAAGCAAUUUUUGGUUGCAUCCUUGGCAAAUCUUUCUGCUCGUUCACCUGGAACAUACCCGCGGAUCAUUAAUGAAAAUCUUGAGCCAGCAAAUCAAGCUGCAUUACUUCAACUUUGCAGCUCUUACAAUCUUACCAUAGUUUAACAAACUAGCCAUUUCACAGAACAAUUAUAAUGAUGAUUGAAGCAUGGUUGUGGUUUCAGUUUCUUGUCAUUGAAGCACUUAUUCAUGAUCAUGUAGGAUUCUCAAGUUGAAUCAAUUGGGAAAGUAAGUUAUCAUCCAUUUGUACCAUUUUGGUCUUUUGGAGUUGGCUUCUCGUAUGAUCAUGUUAGGUACCCCUUUCACCUGCCUGGAUACGGCCGACCAUCAUCACAUAUUCUGUUAAAUCAGUUUGGGGACUCUUGUCUGUUGAGUUUGCUUGAAUAUUGAAGUUAUAUCGGCUCCUUUAUCACAUAUUCUGUUAAAUCAGUUUGGGGACUCUUGUCUGUUGAGUUUGCUUGAAUAUUGAAGUUAUAUCGGCUCCUUUAUUCAUGCUAAUUCCUUUAUUAUGUUUCCAGAUUUAGCAUUUAGAUAAUUUUGUUGUGAAGUCAAUAUGGCACAUAGAAACUGUGUUUUUGAGGGAUUAAGAUGUCAACUGUAUGUUGAAACUAUAUAUUUGGGCUGAUAUGAGUUGUUAUGAAGGUUAAUCUUGCUGUAUCUCUUGCUUUCAGCUGUUAUUUCUUUCUACAUCCAUUUUCUGCAGUUCAUAUAAAAUUUGGCAUCGACUACA